CCCACCCUGACCGUGCGCCCAAGGGCAAGACCACGAUCAGGGACGAGAUCAUCACCGCUCUCUAUACAGCAACCUUUACAGGAGGCCGCCCUCCUUGCGGAGGGUGCGAGAGCAACCAGAGUUCUUCACUCUAGGGUGUCGAGGAUAUCAAUCAUCAACCAGGGUGGGAUCUGUAGCUCCUUUAGGGAACCAAGAGUAGGUCGAAUACUAUAG